AUGGCUGACGCUUUGAAGGCCGAAGGCAACAAGGCCUUCUCGGCCAAGGAUUAUCCGACUGCCAUUGAGAAAUUCACCCAGGCCAUCGGAAUCGAACCUGAGAACCACAUCCUCUAUUCGAAUCGUUCCGCCGUCUUUGCCGCCCAGGCCGAGUACCAAAAAGCGCUCGAGGAUGCGGAGAAGGCGACUAGCAUUAAGCCCGACUGGUCAAAGGGUCACCUCCGUAAGGGUGCUGCUUACCGCGGUAUUGGAGACCUCCUGGCUGCUCAUGACGCAUAUGAGGAGGCAUUGAACCUCGAGCCUAGCAACGAGCAGGCCAAGGCAGGCCUGAACGCCGUCCAGCGGGCAAUCAACGAAGAAGCUACGGCUGACGGUGUCGCGGGCGACCCGACGGGCGGCCUCGGUGGCAUGUUCAAUGACCCGGCACUGUUCCAGAAGCUGGCCAACAACCCCAAGACCGCGAGCCUGCUGGCCGAUGCCGACUUUAUGGCAAAGCUGAAGAAGAUCCAACAGAACCCCAAUAGCGUGGGUGAGGAGAUCCGGGAUCCGCGCUUCCUGCAGGUGAUGAGUGUGCUUCUGGGGAUCGAUAUGAGCUUCGGUGCUCCAGGUGAGGGUGGCCCCUCGGGAGCAGCUCAGGAUGAGCCUGUGUUCGAGGCCAAGCCUACCCCUUCCCAGCCAAAGAAGCAGCCCACACCGGAGCCCGAGCCUGAGGAUGAGGAGGCAAUUGCUAAGCGCAAGGCCAAGGAAGCAGGUGAUGCCGAGAAGAUUAUUGGUAACGACUUCUACAAGAAGAAGCAGCUUGACCAGGCUAUUGAGCACUACGAAAAGGCCUGGGAGCUGCACAAGGAUAUCACCUACCUGAACAACCUUGGCGCAGCCAAGUUCGAGAAGGGCGAUUAUCAGGGUACCAUUGAGACCUGCCAACAGGCCGUGCAGGAGGGCCGCGACUUGCGGGCUGACUUUAAGAGCAUUGCCAAGGCUUUCACUCGCAUUGGCUCCGCCUACGAGAAAUUGGGUGAUCUCACCCAGGCUAUUGAGUUCUACCACAAGUCCCUCACCGAGCACCGCACACCGGAAGCCUUGACCAAGCUGCGUAAUGCCGAGAAGAACAAGGACAAGUCCGAGAAAGAUGCCUAUAUGGACACCGCCGAGGCCGAGAAAGCUCGCGAGCUGGGUAAUCAGAAAUUCCAGGAGGGUGACUGGCCCGGUGCCGUGGAUGCCUUCACUGAGAUGACCAAGCGCGCCCCCACUGACCCGCGUGGCUUCUCCAACCGUGCCGCCGCGCUGAUCAAGCUGAUGGCCUUCCCACAGGCUGUUCAGGACUGUGACGAGGCGAUCCGCCGUGACCCGAAGUUUAUGAAAGCCUACAUGCGCAAGGGCCAGGCCCUUGUUGCCAUGAAGGAGUACAACCGUGCUCUGGAUACCUUCACCGAGGCUGCGGAGCACGACGAUGGCUCUCACGCCCGCGAGAUUGAGCAGCAGCAGCAGAAGUGUCUGGAGGCGCAGUUCAGCGCUCGUGCUGGCGAGACCGAGCAGCAGACCAUGGAACGCAUUCAGAAUGACCCUGAGAUCAUGUCUAUUCUCCAGGAUCCUGUUAUGCAGAGCAUCCUUAACCAGGCCAAGAGCGACCCUGCUGCCUUGCAGGAGCACAUGAAGAACCCCCAGGUGCGGAUUAAGAUCCAGAAGCUGAUGGCCGCCGGUGUGAUCCGCAUGGGUCGGUAA